UUCACCUUCAAGCAACAACAAUGUCUGGUCGUGGUAAAGGCGGUAAAGGUCUCGGAAAGGGCGGUGCCAAGCGCCAUCGCAAGGUCCUUCGCGACAACAUCCAAGGUAUCACCAAGCCUGCCAUCCGCCGUCUGGCUCGUCGUGGCGGUGUCAAGCGUAUCUCUGGUUUGAUCUACGAAGAAACCCGCGGUGUGCUCAAGGUGUUCUUGGAAAACGUCAUCCGUGAUUCCGUCACCUACACUGAACACGCUCGCCGAAAGACCGUCACGGCCAUGGACGUCGUGUACGCUUUGAAGCGCCAAGGCCGCACCUUGUACGGUUUCGGAGGUUAAUCGGUUCCCCAUCUUCUUGAUAGCCUUUUGGUCGUCUACUCUGGUGUUUUUCAACACCACCCAUUCACUCGAGAAUUUUUACCGCAAUAUCCCUUCCAUCGUCA